AUGAAGGGCUUCACUGCUUUUGCCAUCCUUGGUCUAGCAGUCACUGCUUGGGCUACCUCGCCAUCUGGCAAAGAUCAAGAAUUUCAACUCAGAAAACUUCAUGAAGGUGAAUGUAUUCAGUGUACCAGGUAUUCUGAGGCAUGUACCAUGGACUACAAACCUCACUGUGGAUCUGAAGGAAAUGUAUAUUCCAACAGAUGUACCUUUUGCAAUGCUAUUGUGAAAAGCCGAGGUGCAAUUUGGUUGAAAAAAUAUGGAUUGUGCUGA